AUGUGCCUAAGUCGAAAUUACCGGGCAGAGUGUCCCUCAGGAAUCGACUCACCUGGGCCAAGCAGCCAAUUUGCUCAGACGCCAAAAACAUAUGGAAAGCAACCUUCUCACUACCCCACACCCUCAAUCCAGUCUUCGCGACCGCCCUCGAUUCCCUCAACUACGUCUUUUCAAGAGGCUUUGCAGAUGCUAUACCAAAAACACCCGCUUCCUUCCAGGCCACUCCUGUCGAAUCCCUUCCCGAUGCUGCCAACCCACAUGCUCCGGGGGGGACCCAGGAAGCGAUUUUCCACAGACGACGUGGAGGGCCCUAGUCGAGGUACCAUUGCGGGAGGACAGUCGUUCCCAAGGCGGCAGUCCGAGUCUGGGUUGUAUCGGCUUGCAGAGCGGAUGCAACGACAGCCGCCUGGGGGCCAAGGGUCGCUGAAAAGGGUAAGGUCGGAGCAACAGGAUGUGCCCUUCUCAAUGCUCGGGCAGCAUCACUCAACCACGGCCUCCAGUGGACAACCUUUUGCGCUAACGAUGGUACUCGGUGAACAAGCACCGGUGACCAACCCAGAGCAACUAGCGCGAAACAUCUUCAUCCCACUGCUCAAUCCAUCACAGGCUUUUCAGACCACCACCGCCACAGCGCCCUCUUCAUCUCCUUCCCACCAUCAUCAUCCUCGCACUCCGGCGUUGGAUCUUCUCCUCAUGACUGAAGGAGAAGCGCGUCAACUCUCGGAGACUAUGCUUGCUGGCUCAAGCGGUGUUUCUCAUACUCCCUCCGAGCGACUCUCGAAUCUGCCUGCCGGCUUGUCCUCGGCCCUGCGCAGCUACCCCUCCGCACCCAGCACCUCUGAUGAGACGUGCACACCGCAAGUCAUCCCAUUUACCGGCGCUCCAGUGGACGUAACCCCGACCACACAGUCUCGAACAGGUCCGAUUUCUGCAGACACGAACUUCCCAUCGGCUUCUGAGCUUCAGACAAGUUUUCGACGUUCUGAGGCUGCAAAGUGCCGCCGUGUGUACGGUGCGGUGAACAAAAGCCGGUGGUGUAAGCAGUGUAGGUGGAAGAAAGCCUGCACGCGAUUCCAAGGUCCUCCCCACAAAAAUGAUCCCUCAAAUCAAACUUGA